CACGGACCCAGGAUAGUGGGGGCGGACGGAACUUCCGGUGAGCACGGAGACGAGUACAGCCAUUUUACCUGUCAAGAUGUCCGUAUCAAUUAUAAUAAAGUGGAGUGGGCAAGAAUAUCCUGUGACAAAGCUGACAGAGGAAGAUACAGUUCUGGACUUGAAGGAGAUGAUUAAGACUCUAACUGGUGUACUGCCAGAGCGACAGAAGUUACUUGGCCUGAAAAUCAAAGGUAAAGCUGCCGAAGAUGACGUUAAGCUGGGAAUGCUUAAAUUGAAGCCAAAUACUAAGAUUAUGAUGAUGGGCAGCAGAGAGGAGUGCCUGGAGGAAGUACUGGCACCACCCCCUGACAAUGAAGAUGUUAUCAAUGACUUUGACAUUGAAGAGGAUGUUAUAGAAGUAGAGAACAGGGAAGAAAAUUUGGCCAAAAUUGCACGCAGAGUGAAGGAGUACAAAAUAGAAAUGCUGAACCAACCCCGGGAAGGGAAAAAGCUACUAGUUUUGGAUGUUGACUACACAUUAUUUGACCAUAGAUCCUGUGCUGAGAGUGGACUUGAACUAAUGAGGCCAUACCUGCAUGAGUUCCUUACAUCUGCAUAUGAAGAUUAUGACAUUGUUAUAUGGUCUGCUACUAGUAUGAAGUGGAUUGAAGUAAAAAUGAAAGAACUUGGAGUCACAACACAUCCUAGUUAUAAGAUAACCUUCAUGUUGGACAGUGCAGCAAUGAUCACAGUGCAUACACCUAAACGAGGAGUAGUGGAGGUCAAGCCACUGGGAGUCAUUUGGGAUAAAUUUCCCGAGUUCUACACUAGAAAAAAUACAAUAAUGUUUGAUGAUAUUGGACGCAACUUUCUGAUGAAUCCACAAAAUGGUUUGAAGAUUAGACCUUUUAUGAAGGCUCAUCUUAACCGAGAUAAAGAUGUGGAACUGCUGAAGUUGUCGCAGUACCUGAAGGAGAUUGGCAAGUUAGAAGACUUUACAGAGCUUAAUCAUAAAUACUGGGAAAGGUAUCUUUCCAAGAAACAAGGGCAAUGAGGCUCAUGUGGAUCUUUCUGCACUAGGUUGUGUAUACUCCAGAACUACAUGAGAAAACUUUUACUGUGAUUGAACUCAGAACAUGUGCUGAGCACUUUGAUAGACACAAAUAUUUAAAACAAAAACGCCAAAGGGACUUAUCAACUGACAUACUGCCUGCAACUUUCUUUAUCCUUUGGUCUUUCCCCGUGAAAGAAUACAUUGAACAAAGGACAGCAUGCUUCAGCAAAAUACUGUCACACUGUGUGAAUUCAUAGGAACAUAUUCCUGCUGUGAUGUCAUUAAUCUACUGUAUGUCUACGUGUGGCUUCCUUGCUUUGUUGUGAAGCUGGCAGAAAACAGAAGUAUGCUAAUUGCAGGUUUCUCUUGUAUAGAGUAAGUUGCUUCCGUUUAUUUUGGUAUGCAGUUCUUUCCUGUGUGUGGGUUGGACUAUGUAAGUGAUAGAAUUCCCAUGUGAGCAAUUUCUGUUUGGCCAAGGUUUUAAAAGAGGGAACAUUUAAAUAUGCUUCCGUGAAAUUAACUCCAGUCUAUAAGCAGUCUAUAAGCAGAUAAUACACUGCAAAUUCCCCAUUUCUAAGGAAGGAAGUACUUCGCUCAGUUAAGUUGUAUGAAAGUGUAGCACUGGUGUCUCAAACCGGCUCAGAAGUUGGAUUGGACUUGGGUUGUAGGGUUCAGUUUCACUUGCCAUUCAUACCAGAAGGUAUGACUUCUCUUUCAUUAUUGUUCAUUACACUGUCGCACCACAAGCCAAAUGUUACAUUGACAAUGUGAUUUGCUAUGAGGUACUACGGAUUCCUCUCCAAAGAUUAUUCAGGAUGAACUAUAUGGUAAACUCAUUUUCUGGGUGUAAUGUUUUAUGUUUUGAAAUCCAGCAUUAAUUAUCCCCUCCAGGGCAGUGCUUCAAAUAGGUUGAAUUGUAAGGUGCCUGAAGAAACUAGGCUAAAAUCAGAACUCUACAUUACACAGUGCAGAAAUACAAAAUGAGCUUUAGCACCACAAAGGAGUGAUCUUACAUCCUGUCCCCAUAUUGUUUCUUGCAGAUAGUUUUAAAAAGCAUGAAUUAAAGGAUCACGUGUUUCAGUGUCGUAUGACACUUUCAAAAGAGUUCGUAAGGUAUCAAGAACUUCAGUCUUCUAUUGCUGACUGCUCCCAACAGUACAAAGAUGGUGGCUUUUGAAGGGGUUCUAGGACCCAAGGAAGGCUUUCAGCAUACAGAAGAGUUGGUGCAUUCUGUUAUUGGGGACACCCUGCAAAUACUUGGAGACUGUAGUUCUUUAGUGAUGCUCUUCUAUCGCCAUAUUGCUUGGUAAUAAAACUGAUAAAUUAGCAGUUCUUGCAAUGAAUCUACAAGUCAUGGUAUAUCAAACCUACAAAGGAAAUUAACCAUAUGUUCUGAACAAUGCCCUGACCUUACACAAACCUCCCACAGUACCUGCCCUAGCACUGCAGUAUAGAGUUGGCAAAUCAUUGUUUUCUGUAAAUCCACAUAGAUUGCUGUGUCAGGAAUUGAAGUCAAAACUAAUUAGUUUACGGUUUAGUCUGGCUGACAGGACCAGAAAUAUUCUGCAGUUUUUUAUUUUGAUUUCUUCAAAAUAUUUCUUUUGUUACUGCAGUAUGCUUCUCAUUCUUUCAAAUAAAUAACACAGGCAUUCCAGGUUGAA